AUCUAUUUGCAUUUAAAUUUCCAUGGCUUUUUUUGGCUCCAUUUUUUUCUUCUGUCUCCUUCACUUGAUCUCCUCCACCUCCGCCACUCAACCUCAAAUCGCCCAAGCAUGCAAAGCCACCCGAUUCCCCGAUGUGUGCAUUUCAUCCUUAUCAACGGCCGGUAAUCUCUCUCAAAACCCGACUCCAUUACAAAUAAUCCAAUCCUCCAUUUCUAUCUCCGCCACCAAUCUCAAAACUGCCCAAUCAAUGGUCAACUCUAUUCUAGACUCCUCCGUAGGAAACGUUAAUCGCACAACCGCCGCCCGAAAUUGUAUCGAAGUGCUACGUAACUCCGAAUACCGUAUUGCUUCGACAUCCGAUGAUCUUCUGCCUCAUGGAAAAACCAAAGACGCCAUUGCGUGGUUGAGUGCUGCAUUGCUUUUUCAGUACGAUUGCGGGAACAAUCUCAAGUAUGCCAACGACACGGCGGAUACGAAUAAGACAAUGUCGUUUUUGGACUCUCUGUUGUCAUUAACGAGUAAUGCAUUGAGCAUGGUUUUGUCUUAUGACACACACGGAAAUGAUACCGAGCCGUGGGGGCCUCCUAAGACGGAGCGUGAUGGGUUCUUGGGAGUAUCUGCGUCGCGUUCGGGUUCUGGUGAUUUGAAUUUUAGAGGUGCAUUUCCGUCUAAUCUAACCGUGGAUGUGACGGUUUGCAAGGAUGGAAGCAAGGGGUGCUAUAAAACAGUUCAGGAAGCCGUCAAUGCGGCGCCGGAUAAUGAAUUGGGAAAAAGGUUCGUAGUGCACAUAAAAGAAGGGAUAUACAAUGAAAUUGUUAGGAUUCCGUUGGAGAAAAAGAAGGUUGUGUUCUUAGGAGAUGGAAUGGGCAAAACCGUCAUUACGGGUUCAUUGACAGUGGGCCAACCGGGCAUUUCUACUUAUAACACAGCUACACUUGGUGUUCUUGGUGAUGGAUUCAUGGCUAGUGGUCUCACAAUUCAGAACACAGCAGGAACACCUACCAACCAAGCAGUGGCCUUCAGAUCAGACAGUGACCUCACAUUCAUUGAGAAUUGUGAGUUUUUAGGCCAUCAGGACACUUUACAUGCGCAUGCACUUCGCCAGUACUACAAAUCAUGCCGUAUUCAGGGCAAUGUAGACUUCAUUUUUGGAAGCUCUGCCGCAGUUUUUCAGGAUUGCGAAAUAUUAGUUAAUCCUAGGCAAGAAAAUCCUGAAAAAGGUGAAAACAAUGCUCUCACAGCGCACGGUAGGACAGACCCUGCACAGUCGACAGGUUUUGUCUUUCAGAAUUGUUCGAUUAAUGGCACCGAAGAAUAUAUGAAACUGUACCAGAGUACGCCUAAGGUACACAAGAAUUACUUGGGAAGGCCAUGGAAGGAAUAUUCGAGAGUCGUUUUCAUACAUUGUAACUUUGGAGCUAUUAUAGCGCCCGAAGGGUGGAUGCCAUGGAAGGACGAUUUUGCAUUGAAAACACUCUACUAUGGGGAAUUUGAGAAUUCCGGACCGGGGUCUAGUGUGUCUCAGAGAGUACCAUGGAGUAGCCGCAUUCCUGCGGAGCAUGUAAACACAUAUUCAGUGCAGAACUUCAUUCAAGGAGAUGAAUGGAUUUCAACCUCCUCUUGAAAUCAGAUUCUCUAGUGCUAUUAGAAUUGAUAUUAUCAUGCAAUAAUUAAGAAUAUAGCAAUUGCAGGAGUAGAGAAAGGUUUUCCUUUUGAAUAUAUAGUAAAUAACGAUUUAAAAUAAACAGCAAAAGGUAUUGUCAAUAUGUUGAAGAUUUUGUAUGAUUAAGGGUGUGUCACGUUCAAAUGAAUUUUAUUAUUUUUUAUAGAAUUUAACUAAAUUUUUAUAAAA